AUGUAUAAGAAUAAAACGAGAGAACUGUUCGUAGGCUUGAUUGAACGGCCUCCUUUAACUGAUCAGCUACUACAACGACCACCGUUUCGAUUUUUGCACGAUGUUGUCAAUGCUACAAUUCAAAAUACUGGAUAUUUAAUGGAUAAAUUUACAAGUGAAGAACUGAUAGCUUCAAAUGUAACAAAUAAAGAAGCAAAAGCGAGCUUUCUUAAGAAACUAAUCAAAGCACUAAAUGAUGAUGGCUCACUGAAAGAUGUCAAAGUGACAAAAAUAAUUGCUGGCAAAGAACCUGAAAUGACCAAUUUGGUUAGAUCUCGGAUUUUUUAUCACCUUCCAAGAUUACUACAAAAACUGGCUGCUGACGCGAUAGAAUAUCGAAAUGCAAAAUUAAAUGAUUCAGAAGAACGGAAACAAAAAAAGGGAAAAAAAUUGCAUAAGAAAGAAAUAAAUACAAAAGAAGGAAACAAUGACAAGCAGAGAUUAAAACCUAGCAGAAGUCGAGAAAUAAUGCAGAAAGAAGUUGAAAACAAAGUAAACAUGGAAAAAGGAUCAGUUAACAAUGAAAAACGAAAAGGUUUUAUAAAGGCCAAGCAUGUUGAAGAUGCUGAAGUACACGCAUCACAUGUAAAAAUAGAACAAUCAAUUCAUACUGACAAAGAACUUUCAGGUACUGCAAAGACGGAAGAUAGCGGUAUUGCUGAUGAUAUAACAAACGAGAAAGAAAAUAAUUUGGUAGCAGUACCAAUGAAGGAACAACCGAGCUUAUCGUUGUUAUUAAUACGACCACGAACUUCAUUAGAAAGACCGGGCACUGCAUCAGCACGACCCCCGCCCCCAAAAUUAAAAAAAAAACAGGUCGAUGAAAUCGAAAAAAAGCCAGAAUCUGCAAAGCGAACAGAAAAUGAAGAGGACUUUGUAAUAAAAACUGAAUCAUCAUAUGAUGCAAAUGACCGCGUAAAUGCAGACAAACUUAUUACUGAAGAACAUGGUGGUUUAGUGCGGAAAAUUCUCGAAACUAAAAAAGAAUUGGACAAAAAAAUUGGAGAUGAAUCACGCAAUGCAAGCAUUAGAGUGUUUGAUGAAAGAGAUAUAGCGAAAUCACAACAGGAGCUAGCUAAUCUACAAAGAAUUAUGCAACAGAUAACACAAACAGCACAUUUGCUUUCCCGUCUUUUUGAAAAUGUACAGGAGGAUGCCGAGAGUAUGUUUAGAGAAAUGGAAGAGUGGCGUUCAAAGAAUAGAAAAAACUUGCAUCAAUUACAAGAACAAAAAGGUAAUAUCCAAAACACCACAGAGAGUUUGUUGUUAGAGUUAAAUCGGUUGGAUGAACAAAUCAAGGAAACCAAAUCUGCUAUUGCUAAAACAAAAGCUAAUAUUAUUGUUAACGAGCGAAAAAUUGAAGCUGUAGUCAAUGAUAUUUAA